AUGGAGGAGAUCAUCGGAGACGAUACAGAGAUGUACGGAGCUCUAGUGACGGCCCAAUACGCACGGUUGCAUCAUCGUCACCAUUGCAGAGAGAACCAGUGUACCUCUGUUCUCGUCAAAUACAUUAAAGCCCCUGUUCAUCUCGUUUGGUCACUGGUUCGGAGAUUUGAUGAGCCGCAGAAGUAUAAACCAUUUGUAAGCAGAUGUACAGUUACUGGUGAUCCUGAGAUCGGUAGUCUCAGAGAAGUAAAUGUCAAAUCUGGUCUUCCUGCUACAACCAGUACCGAGAGAUUGGAGCAGCUUGAUGAUGAUGCUCGUAUCCUUGGUAUCAACAUCAUUGGUGGUGAUCACAGGCUCAGGAAUUACUCUUCGAUCUUGACUGUACAUCCUGAGAUGAUCGAUGGGAGGUCAGGAACUAUGGUGAUUGAAUCUUUUGUUGUGGAUGUCCCUGAAGGCAACACCAGAGACGAUACGUGUUACUUCGUUGAAUCACUCAUAAAGUGUAACUUGAAGUCCUUGGCUUGCGUCUCUGAAAGAUUGUCUGCUCAGGAUAUAACCAAUUCCAUCGCCGCCACAUUCUGA